GGUUUUUCCUUUUUUUUAAUCGAUCGAAAGAGGUUUAGAAAAAUUGAAGAUUUUCUAAGUGCUUUGUUCCGUUCCUUUAUUUUUAUCAUUCUCUGGCUCUGCCUUUGGUUGAUGUUGUUCUUCUAUGUGGCUAAGACGGCUAAGACAAAACACAAGUCUCUAUAACCUACGGUGAGGGUUUUGUUUAAGAUAUGGAAAAGAUUACUGGAUUUUCUGAUGAUGAAUUGCUCGUGAAGAUCUUAUCUUUUCUUCCAACAAAAUUUGCUAUAACAACGAGUUUAAUUUUGUCGAAGCAAUGGAAGUUUCUUUGGAUGCGGGUGCCAAAACUUGAGUACAAUGAAAUGAGCAUUUAUUCUACACAAUUUUACUUUCGAUAUUUGUGUUCUGAGGAGGUGGGUGACAGCGAAACCUAUCGUAUAGCGUCGGAAAGAUGCCAGAGGAUGCGGUGUUUUAUUGACAAGAAUCUUCCAUUACAUAGCUCUCCGGUCAUGGAGAGCUUGCGUCUCAGUUUUUUCACUGAGGUAUUUCAACCUGAAGAUAUCAAACUGUGGGUUGAAAUUGCAAUUUCUCGUUGUGCUCAGGAGCUAAGCGUUAAUUAUUUUCCCAAGGGAAAACGUAAUGCAUUACUGCCGAAAAGCUUGUAUACUUGCAAAUCACUUGUGACAUUGAAACUAAGAUACAACAUUCUCGUGGAUGUUCCUCAUGUUUUUUCCCUCCCUUCCUUGAAGACUUUGCACCUUGAACGUGUGACAUACGCAGAUGGAGAAUCUCUUCAACGGCUUUUAACUAAUUGCUCUGUUUUGGAGGAUCUGCUUGUGGAACUAUGUACAGGUGACAAUGUGAGAAAGUUUGCUGUUAUCAUCCCGUCAUUGCUUAGUUUAUCCUUUGAGAUAUCUGCUCAUUGUGCUGCUGAAGGGUAUAGGAUUGAUACUCCUUCUUUAAAGUAUUUCAAACUUACAGAUUUAAGUAAAAGUUUAUCCGGGUUGAUUGGGAAUAUGCCUAAGCUGGAGGAGGCUGAUAUCACUGCUGGUCACAAUAUCAAGAAGCUUCUUGAACUUGUCACAUCUGUCAAGCGUCUUUCAUUGCACACAAUAAACAUCGGUAGAGAGGCUUUCACUGCUGUAUAUGGUGAUGAUAUUGUCUUUAAUCAUCUUGAGUAUCUGAAGUUUUGUAUCAAUGAUGGCGUAUAUUGGUCCAAGUUACUUUACCGGUUGCUCAUAGCUUCUCCCAAACUACGAAACUUGGAGUUCAAUGAACAACUUUCAAAUGACGGUGCGGACACAUUGGUUUGCUGGAAACGACUGACUAGUGUUCCUCAAUGUUUGUUGUCGAGUCUCCAAACUUUCAAGUGGUCAAUCUACAAUGUCUCUGUACAAGGGAAAGAUCUGGCGACAAUAUAUAUCUUGGGAAAUUCUUGCCAGUUAAAGAUUGCAACAAUUUCGAUUGGACAAGGGUUGGAUCCACAAAAGAAGCUUGAGAUGGAGACGGAGGUGAAAUUUUUGUUCCGUGGUUCACCCACAUGCAACCUCGUAUUCGAAUGAGGAUUCGACUCAUUAGAAUUAACAGAGAUAUAUAUCUUAACAAUCUUGCAAAGGACAUCUUUGGAUUUGUUCUAUUAAAGCUUUUGUUACAUUUAUUUUUAAUUGAUUUUAUGUGUUGCUUAAGUCAUUAAAUUGUUUUAACAAAAAAUUAUAUAUUUAACUAUUCAAAAGCAACUUCCUCCAUUCCUUGAAAACUUCACAACUUGUUUGGUGUGAAAUACUCAAAAACGAAUAAUCGCUUCGAUUGCUUCUAUCCAUCGCCCUGUUCUGAAAGAUCUGACUACUGAACGAGAUGAUAAUGACAAUAUGAUGAGAGUGUUACUUGUUUCCCUUCCUUACAAUUGUUACCUUGUUUUUUAAUUUUUUCUGGCAAGGCCUACAAAAGCCUGUAGGUCUUUUAUUACACAUCUUAUUGAUCUGUAAUGAAGAGGUAAUCAUUUUCUAUUUAUCAACUUUAAGUUUUCAAUCACAUUAUAUGUUGUCGCGUGUGCAGUAUGUGUAUCAUGUUGUCUUGUCUUAAAUCAACAUCUGGAGCUACCAGCUAUGGAUGAUCGACUAUUAUUGGUUGAAGUUACUUGUCCUGUUUCUCAAAGGUUCUCCUAAACUGCUAAUCCUCAGAGUCCUCGGUAGUAGAUUGCAACGCAAGCAACCACGUUUGAUUGGAAGUUUUUUAAGUAGAAAGAAUGAUUUUUGAAAGAUACAGAAUGAAAAAAAGUGUGGAACAACCAGAAUGAUUUUCUUUGAGAUUUAUGGUCUCUCGCAGCCCAAACGUGCAAAGAUCUGAGCUAAGAUCGCAAUGCAAAUUCCAUGACAUGAAAUUUUAGAAAACCUAAUAUACUGAAGCUUGGGGGUUUUGUACGUUUUAAACACUCAUUAAACAAAACCUAGUACGUGGUUGAAGUCUUAAUACCACCAAAUCAACAUAGUGAUUCAUUCAGAAAUUAAACUUGUAAAAAAAAGUAAAGAGAAACCCUAUGGAUGGUCCUUUAAGAUGGUUGGAAUAUGCUUGCACUUUGACUUAUCAAGUUCUUUCCUGAGUGCCUUCAGAUCUUCAUGAUAGACCGGACACCGAUCCACUCCAUCCCCGCAUGAGCAGUUUUUGAGGUUUGUCGAUUUCUUGAGGCGUCGAUUUUCCACGUCUUCGAGAAUUAGCUCACGACGUUCCUCUAGAAGGUCCGGUAAUAUGCCGAUGAGACAAAGCACAAACAAACCGAUCGCUAUAAUGGCGCAUACCAAAUCCGCUGUAUCCACCGUCAAAGCCAUACUCUUCCUGAUUCACAACAAAAUUAAUUCUAGCUUAAGGGUUUCUCAAAUUUAUUAGAAAAUUAUUUCAAGGAACAAAAAAAAACAUGAGUUAUCUUAGAAACUUGGAGAG